GCAGAUUUGGCGCCACAUUUUGGUGCGAUUUUAGCAGCGGUUGAGGCAAAAAGCAUCGAAUGGGUCCGGAGAGGGAGGCUGUAGCCGAGCCAGAUGGGCAGGGUGAUGCAAACUCUUGUGGCUUGGCAAUAACGCGUGCAAAACGUGAUCGCAGAGAAAAACGAGGACGUCUCGUGGCGUUGGAAUGCCUGAAGAAGGCAAAAGCGGGUGAGAAAAUAAAAUAUGAGGUUGAAGAUAUUUCAAAUGUUUAUGAAGAGCUUGAUGAAGAUGAGUACUCUAAGCUUGUAUGUGAAAGGCAGGAGGAUGACUGGAUAGUUGAUGACGAUGGGAUUGGUUAUGUCGAAGAUGGUCGAGAAAUUUUUGAUGAUGACUUGUCAGAAGAUGUCUUUGAUAAUAAAACGAAAGGCAAAGGAGCGCCUAGUGCAAAUAGAGAGAAGAAAGGUAUGAAGAGCUUGGUCUCAAAACCCAACAACAUUAAGUCUAUGUUUUUGGCCAGCACAACGAAGAAGAAAGCUGAGAAAGAUGUUGAUUUGUCCAAGGAUGAUCUAUUAGGAGACAUACUUCAGGAUCUUCAUGCAGAGGCAUCCUCGAUACCUGCGCCACCUCCCGUUGUGGUCUUGAAGAAGAGAAAGCCUGCUGGGGUGUUAGCGAAUCCAUUUUCUGUCAAACCACCCACCCUGAAGGUUUCUGCAGGCCCUGAUUUUACUCACUUGAAUGGCUCUGCAAGAAAACCAGUCGUCCCUGAAGCUGGAAUCAGCACAGUGGAAAGAGCCCUUCCAGUUCCUGUGAAUUCAUCAGCCAAAAAGGUGCAGGUGAAACAACAGCAAAGGAAGUUGGAAUUGGAGGAACCAAAGGACAUUCCCAAGGAAGUGAUUGUAAAAGAAGAGAGAGAUGCUGAUGCAGAAGAUCCCCAAGUAAUGGAGUUGGAUGAGGGAGACUUUGAUGAACCCAUGGACACUGAGCCUAUGUCCACUGCAAAAGUAGAAAUGGAAGAUGUGAAAGCCAUCAAAGCUGAAGAACCCAAGAAGGAAGACAAGCCAUUCAAAAACUCUCCUGUUGUUGAAUUUUGUUGGGAUCAUCUAAACCAAGAUGAAAGUGAUCCUCAGGUGACUGAAGUACAGGUGGAUGCGGGCUGUUUGCCAUUAGUAACAGAUACAGCAGGAGAGCAAGUCUUUAGAUUCUACUGGGUUGAUGCUUAUGAAGACCAGUAUCACCAACCAGGAGUGGUUUACCUCUUUGGCAAAGUGUGGAUUGAAUCAGCAAAAUCGUAUGUCAGUUGCUGUGUGGCUGUGAGAAAUAUUGAGCGCACAGUAUACCUGUUGCCAAGGGAAAAGCGCACAAAUCUUAAAACUGGAGAGGAUACAGAAACGGCCGUAGGUUUAGCGGAUGUUUAUCAGGAAUUCAGUGAAGCGAUUGCUGAAAGAUACAAAAUAAUGAAAUUCAAAUCAAAGAAAGUGGAGAAAAAGUAUGCUUUUGAAAUUCCAGACAUCUCUGAAAAUUGUGAAUACUUAGAAGUCAGAUAUGCAGCUGACCUGCCUCCGCUUCCUUCUGACUUGAAAGGGGAAACAUUUUCACACGUGUUUGGCACCAAUACUUCGAGUCUUGAACUUCUGCUCCUCAACCGGAAGAUCAAGGGACCAAGUUGGCUGGAAUUCAAGUCUCCACAACUCCCCAAUCAAUCUAUGAGUUGGUGCAAAGUGGAGGCUAUGGUGCUGAAACCUGAUCACCUGACUGUGGUAAAGGACAUGGCGCCACCUCCUCUUAUUACGAUGUCAGUUAGUAUGAAAACUGUGCAGAAUGCCAAAACGCAUCAGAAUGAGAUUGUAGCCUUGGCAGCUUUAGUUCAUCAUGAAUUUCCUCUGGACAAAGCUGCUCCCCAGCCUCCAUUCCAGGCCCAUUUCUGUGCUGUUACCAAGCCUAGUGACUGCAUUUUUCCUUAUGAUUUCCGGGAGGCUUUGGCAAGAAAAAAUGCCAAAGUUGAGGUUGCUGCUACUGAAAGGACUCUCUUGGGCUUCUUCUUGGCAAAGGUUCAUAAGAUUGACCCUGAUGUUCUUGUGGGCCAUGAUAUUUAUGGAUUUGAUCUUGACGUUCUGCUGCAAAGAAUUAAUUGGUGCAAAGUUCCUCACUGGUCAAAGAUUGGUCGGUUGAGGAGAUCUGCAAUGCCUAAACUUGGGGGUCGUGGAGGGUUUGCGGAGAAGAAUGCAGCUUGUGGCAGGCUGAUUUGUGAUGUUGAAAUUUCUGCUAAAGAGUUAAUCCGCUGCAAGAGCUACAGCUUAACUGAAUUGGUCCACCAGAUCCUCAAGGCUGAGAGGGUCGUCAUUCCUGCCGAAAAUAUUCAGAAUUUUUACAGUGACUCUCAACAACUCAUGCAUCUACUUCAGAAUACCUGGAUGGAUGCAAAAUACAUCCUGCAGAUUAUGUGUGAACUCAAUGUGCUACCUUUAGCUCUGCAGAUAACUAGCAUUGCUGGAAAUGUCAUGUCGCGUACACUAAUGGGUGGCCGUUCUGAGAGGAAUGAAUAUUUACUGCUGCAUGCUUUCCAUGAAAAGGACUACAUUGUACCUGAUAAACCUUCUUUCAAAAAGCAUGUGCAAGAACAUGUAGAUGAUGAUGAGGAACACAUUGAUGGUGGAGGUGGAAGUACAGGAAAGAUGAAGAAAGGUCGAAGAAAAGCAGCUUAUGCUGGUGGUUUGGUUUUGGACCCCAAAGUUGGAUUCUAUGAUAAGUUUAUUCUGCUGCUUGAUUUCAAUAGCUUGUAUCCUUCAAUCAUUCAAGAAUUCAAUAUCUGUUUCACCACCGUACAGAGAACUGCCUCAAAUUCUCAGAGGAACCUGGAGGGCGAUGAACUAGAAGAAAUUCCUGAAAUACCAGAUCAAGAUCAGGAGAUGGGUAUUCUGCCUAAGGAAAUCCGGAAAUUGGUGGAGAGGCGGCGACAAGUUAAAAACUUGAUGAAACAACCAGACUUAAACCCUGAUCUCUACUUGCAGUAUGAUAUCAGACAAAAAGCCCUGAAGCUUACAGCUAACAGUAUGUAUGGCUGCCUGGGAUUUUCCUUCAGUAGGUUCUACGCCAAACCACUUGCUGCUUUGGUCACACACAAAGGAAGAGAGAUUCUCAUGCACACCAAGGAGAUGGUCCAGAAGAUGAACCUUGAAGUUAUUUAUGGAGACACUGAUUCCAUCAUGAUAAAUACUAACAGUACAAACCUGGAGGAAGUCUUCAAACUGGGAAACAAGGUCAAGAGUGAAGUAAAUAAGCAGUACAAGCUCCUGGAGCUGGACAUUGAUGGCGUGUUUAAAUCAUUGCUGCUGCUGAAGAAGAAGAAAUAUGCGGCCCUUGUCAUAGAGCCCACUGCGGAUGGACGCUACAUCACAAAGCAGGAGCUAAAAGGACUGGAUAUUGUUAGGCGAGACUGGUGUGACCUAGCGAAAGAAACUGGAAACUAUGUCAUCAGUCAAAUACUCUCUGAUCAGCCACGCGACGCAAUUGUAGAGAACAUCCAGAAGAGACUAACUGAAAUCCAGGAGAGUACUAUGAAUGGCAGUGUUCCUCAGAAAUGCUUUGAAAUUAAUAAGGCUUUGACCAAGGAUCCCCAAGAUUACCCGGAUAAGAAAAGUCUGCCUCAUGUCCAUGUUGCCAUGUGGAUAAAUUCCCAGGGUGGACGCAGAGUUAAAGCUGGGGACACAGUCUCUUACAUCAUUUGUCAAGACGGCUCAAAUCUCAGUGCCAGCCAGCGAGCCUACGCACCUGAGCAACUGCAGAAGCAGGAAAACUUGACCAUUGACACACAAUACUACCUUUCCCAGCAAGUGCACCCAGUUGUGGCUCGAAUCUGUGAACCCAUUGAUGGGAUAGACUCUACACUGAUUGCUACCUUGUUAGGCUUGGAUCCAUCCCAAUUCAGAGUGAACCAUAUCUGUCUUCAAGAUGAAGAAAAUGAUGUGCUGCUGGGUGGCCCGGUUCAGCUGACCGAUGAAGAAAAAUACCGUGAUGCAGAGAGGUUCAAGUUCAUAUGUCCAAACUGUGGAACAGAAAACAUUUAUGACAAUGUAUUUGAUGGCAGUGGGCAACAGAUACAACCCAGUUUACUGAACUGCAGUAAUGUUAAUUGUGAAGCAUCGCCUUUUCAGUAUCAAGUGCAAAUAUGUAACAAGUUGACUUUGGACAGCAGGCGGCAUAUCAAAAGAUAUUACAGUGGCUGGCUCGUUUGUGACGACCAAACAUGCCAAAAUCGUACUCAACAUCUUCCACUGAGGUUCUCUCGCAAUGUUCCAUUAUGCCAGACUUGCACAAAGGGUGCACUUAAGCCAGAGUAUCCUGAUAAGGCCCUGUACACCCAGCUGUGCUAUUAUCGCUACAUAUUUGACUGGGAUUAUGCACUGGAAAAGGUUGUCUCUGAGCAGGAUAAAGAAUUCAUAAAGAAGCGUUUUCAUCAUGAAAUGAACGAAUACAGUUUUGUGUAUAAGCGGCUAAAAGGAAUCAUGGAUGAUGUGCUGUCUUCUAGCAGCUACUCUGAGGUGAACCUCAGUAAACUGUUCCAGCCAUUCAGUACAAUCACUAAGUGAAAGAGAUGUUGCUGUCUCACGUCAUUUUUCGUGGAAUGGAUCCAGAACAACUAAAAUAUUUCUGUUUAUAAUUUUGAGAUCUGUGAAGAUCUGGGGGAAUUGCUCUUAACAUGUGAUCCACAAAGUGAAAUCUGACUCUGGUUAUGUUGAAGGAAGUCAGAACAGCAACAAUGUUAGGAAAAGGCUCAAUGAGCUCAUUACAUGGACUUGUUUUAAAAUAAAAUUUGAUGAAAGAUGACAGUGCCAAUGUUAACCUCAAUUGAACCUGUAAAGAGAUGAAAGCAAUCCAUUAAAAGCUGGCUGGAAAGGGAGUAUAGGACCGACGGUACUUUUGUUUUGAAAGGGUGAUCGAUAAAAGAGGGAUCACUGCAGAGUCCCACUUACAGUGAAGUGGAACAACAGGUCUCAUUUAGAAAGAAUCAAACAAUCUGUUUAAGUGACUUGAGUAUAUUGGGUUAGAGGACUAACAGACAAACACAACAGGCUUUAAUAGGCAGCUGCCAAUACAUGACAUAAGUACAACAAUCUAUUCACAAUUUCAAUAUGUAUUUCUUCCUAUCAUUUUAAAAGUAGAUGUUAAUUUUUUUAUGUAAGAAAUCUUUUACAUGUACAAUGUUAUCAUGUUUUGAAUAAAAUCAACUUUGUUAUUUCUAAAUCAUUCCCAACAUGUGAUUAA